CAAGAUGGCGGCGGCGGCGGUGUCCCUGGCUGCUGGGCGGUGCUGAGGGACCCGCCGCCCUGGGACGCAGCGCGCCGGGAGUGGGGCGCAGCACCAGCUACACACACCACCUGGCACUGCUUGUGGGGGAGGAGAGCUCUCUCCUGGCAUCAUGAUCCGGAGACUCCUGGACAGGCCCUGCACCUUGGCCCUGCUCAUUGGCUUCCAGUUUGCCUUCAUGGUGUACUUCUCCUUCGGCGGCUUCCGGAACCUGACCUCCAUCUUCGGGCGUGAUUCGAACCCCGUCUUCGACUACUCCCGCACUCGGGAUGUGUACACCAACCUGAGUCACCUCCUGCCCCGGCCUCCUCCAGGCGGCAGCCCCACGGGGUCCCUGCCCUACUGCCCCGAGCGCUCGCCCUACCUCAUUGGCCCCCUGACAGUGAGCUUCAGUCAGGUGCCGACGCUGAAGCAGGUCGUGGAGAAGAACCCGGUGGUGAGGGAAGGAGGCAGAUACCGGCCCGUGACCUGCGAGCCCCGCUCCCGUACGGCCGUGAUCAUCCCCCACCGCAACCGGGAGACACACCUGCGCCACCUGCUCUACUACCUGCACCCCUUCCUGCAGCGCCAGCAGCUGCAGUACGGCAUCUAUGUCAUCCACCAGGCUGGAAACUCCACCUUCAACCGGGCCAAGCUGCUGAACGUGGGAGUGAAGGAGGCUCUGAGGGAUGAGGAGUGGGACUGCCUCUUCCUGCACGAUGUCGACCUCAUCCCCGAGAACGACCACAACCUGUACACCUGCGACCCCUGGAGCCCCAAGCACGUCUCCAUCGCCAUGAACAAGUUCGGCUACAGCCUCCCGUAUGCCCAGUACUUCGGCGGCGUGUCGGCGCUCACCCCAAAUCAGUAUCUGAAAAUGAACGGCUUCCCCAAUGAGUACUGGGGCUGGGGUGGGGAGGACGACGACAUUGCCACCAGGGUACGUCUGGCUGGCAUGAAGAUCUCGCGCCCUCCCAUAUCGGUCGGCCACUACAAGAUGGUGAAGCACAAAGGCGACCAGGGCAAUGAGGAGAACCCGCACCGGUUUGAUCUGCUGAUCCGGACGCAGAGGAUGUGGACACAGGACGGCAUGAACUCGCUCACCUACACGCUGCUGGCCAAGGAGCUGCAUCCCCUGUACACCAACAUCACCGCUGACAUUGGGACCGACCCCCGGGCGCUGAAGGGCAGGAAGGGGUCUGUGCCCGGCUUCGGAGGGCAGAAGUACAAGACUGGGACCAACCAUGAGUUCAGGCAGGAGAUGCUGCGCAAAACACAUCCUGCCAAGCUACCCUGGGCCACAGCAAACUGGGGGAAGCAGCCCCCACCCCUGCCCCAGAGGUCUGGACAGGAUGCUGGCCGGGGAGCGCCCACAGCCCCCGGGACACAGAGCGAGGGGCCUGGAGCCGCCGCAGGCCAGCUGGGGGGCAGGGAAGGGGCUGCAUGGGACAGCACCCAGAGGAAGGCCCAGGGGGGAGCUGUGGACAGCUCUGGGCCUCAGCGUGGAGCUGCUCAGGGCACCCAGCCGAGUGCCGGCAUCCCUCCACGGAGCCCUGACGCAUUGCAGCACAGCCAGGAGACCUCUAGCAAGGGGAAGCCUGAGUCUGGGGCAAUGGAUUUGGGUGGGGCUGAGAAUGCAGGGGGCAGUGCCCCACAGGCCCUGGCACAAGGGCAGCCCGCCCAGACACAGUGGGACAAUCAGACCUUCCCGCCGAGCACCCGCUAACCAGAGAGGGCCCUGGACAUCAGGAAUGGGGUGGGGGCAGCCAGAGACUCGCUGUGUGAGCUGAGCCCUUCCCAGCUCCUAGAACAAACCCCACGGGUCACGUUGGACUGGAGGCCCUGGCCCUGUGCUGCUCCCAAGUGCCAGGCUUGGUUGUGAGGCCUGGCACCCAGGGGCUCCUGCCCAGGCCAGGAGUGGACAAGUCUGCAGGGUGGACCCUGUGUGAGCUGAUAGGUCUUGGGCCUGUUCACAGUGGGACAGGACCCAUCAGCCAGCUUGCCCCCACAGUUGGCACCUUUGUCUGCAGCCUCAGCACAGGCUGUGGCUUGGAGUCCCCCAAGCUGGGCUGUAAGGCAGAGAAGGUUGGCCCACUGCUGGCUGUGUUGGUCCAGGAAACCAUCCUGCUGGGGCAGUAGAUCAGGGCAGAGCCUAGUAGCACAGGAGGCAGGGGGUAGUUUCCAGCAAGGAAGCUAAGCCCCCAGGAAUGAGACUGGUUUUGCUGGUAUCUGCUGCAUCUUCAUGAUGGGGCCCUAACCCAUGGGUGUGGUUACAGUAGGUCCCUGGCUAGGUCCUGCAGGGGCAACAGCUGCAGUCAGUCCUGGCGUGCUGCAGGGGAGAAGCAGGUGCUCCGGUGCCAUGGGCAUGAGCUGGGGCAGAGCUGAGCAGUAGUGCCCCCUAGAAUCCUGGUGCUGUUGGGUGUUCAAGCCAAGUGUUAGCUGUAGUAGGCUCUUCCUGAGCCCAGGUGCCCUGCCCAAGACCCCUUCCCCCCGUUGGGGCUGUGACCUCAGGGGAGCUGAGAGUCCUUGAGCCUCAACCCCUCCCAUCCUGCUGGGCUCCUGAGGACAAGCUGAGCCAAAAUCCCUGUGCUGUAGAUAGGGCAAGCUCAUGUUUUCCCCCCAAUCUAGCACCCCCUUCCCUCCCCCAGCCUGACCCAUGCUGGCAGGGAGGGGGGCCUAGUCCCUGCGGUGCCCUGCAACUGGGGGCCUCGGACUUCCUGUAUUGUACUGGAGAAAGCCCCCACACCUGAUCAGUGUGCCUGGGCCAAUUGUGAACUGCAGUGGGGCCCCAGGCUGCUCAUAGCACCCACUGCUGUGUGUGUCUCGGGCAUUGUGUGCAGCUGCUGGCAGGCCCUUUGUCCUGGAAUUGGCUGCUGCCACCCCUGGGUGUUGCAGUGUGCCCUGGCCAGGCUGCUGAGUGGGGCACUGGGAUUUGGGUGGGGGGAGGCUGGGCUCAACUCUGCCCCUUCACCCUGGAGCUGUUAUCCCUUUGGUGCUGGAUUUACAUACUACACUGGUCUGUUGCUGUGUUAAUCCUCUGCAGGUGGGAGGGGGCCCUGUGCCCUGCGGGGAAACACUGCUGGAGGUGGGCAGCACUGUGCCAGGGAGCUGUUCUCCCAUGGGGGGAGGGGGACAGGGGGACUUGGCUCCCUCCUUUCCUGGGGGCUAGUACUCACCUUGUGCCUGACUCCCCUGGCCCUGUCUGUGGCUGCUCUCGAGCUGGGGAGCCGCUAGCCUGGGCUUUUGGCCAUGUCCUUCCCCCAGUCCCUGGUGCAGCUGCCAGGGCAUUCAGCACCGGCAGCCUCCAUUGUAUCUAGCUGUGCCCUGGGCGCACACAGCCUGCUGGGGCUACAGCAGCCACAUCAGGGGUAGGGCAGAAUCCCAGCCUCACCUCCCUGCCCCCUUAAAGCAAGAGGCAAAUGCUGGGAGCCCAGCCUCCCCCCACCCUGCUGCGCAGGAGCCUCCAGGGGAGCAGCUGGGCAAGUGGCCUGGGCUAGGCCUGCUGCCUGGAGCAGCAGGGAGAGGAGCCCCCUCACUGGGAUUCCAGCUGGAGCCUUUCCACUCCCCCAUGUUCUGGGCAUUAGUGGCACUGGUGCCUGGCCAGCCCUAGCCCCAGUGGCAGCUGCCCAAGGGCCCAUAAGCCCAGGGCACCUCCAGGCACAGCCAGGGUGCCAGCUGCUGCUGCAGGCUCAGCUUAUACCUGCUAAAAGGCCUCCAGGCAGCAACUUCCCCAGCACUGAAUUCACUUUAAGGGAUGGGUGCUGAGUAGACUGUGCUUAGAGUGAGCCAGGCUGCUCCCAUCCCCUCACCCCAGAACAGUUUGUGACCUAGGGGGCUGUGUCUAGCCCCCAUCCCCGUGGUGGUUUGGGGGGAGCCCAGGGGUUGAUCCUCCUCUAGCUGUUGACAAUUUGCUGUGGUUAUUUAUUUAGGAACGUGCUCGCCGUGCCUGGCAGCUGCUGCACCACACAGAAGCUGAAUAAAAUGUUUGGUUCUACA